AUGGAUGGCGGCCAUUCCGCACCUGAAAACGCAGUUCGGUACUUCGCCGUCAUCGGUGCACACGAUGAGGGAGCAUUGCCGGAAGCGGGCGAUUGCCUCCCUGUCCAAGUCCUUCAGCGAUACCCGCAGAAGGACCACAAGGAUGUCAGGUUUCCGCCUGCCCUUGCUUCCUUCUGCUUCCCACGAGGAGGUGCCCAAGUUGCAGCGCCGCAGAAGGAGGUGGAGGAGACGCUUCACGGUUUCGUUCUCACGAACGAAGCAGGCGACCGCUGCUUUGGGGCGGCUCUCCACAUCUGGUGCUUUGAUUCCUCUCGCUCGCACUUGGUGCAGAGGGACGGGGCGCUGGCCGUGCUCAGUACCCAGCCGCUCUGGGGAGCCUUCCGUGCAUUCCUUUACAGCUUGCGGUACUCGGGAAAUUCUCCAGAGAGGUUCGUGGUCAGCUUCGUCUCUGAGACACCGUUGCCUCCACCAGGGUUCCAGGUGAUUGUUCCCUGGCCAGAGAUACCAGCGUUCGCACUGCAAAGACCAGCGCCGAACCAGCUGCCUCUGCUUGACCUACCCGUCAGGCGAAAUGUGGGUCACGAGGCGAUACUUGCGAUGUUGGUCCUGCUAGGUUGA